AUGGAUCGUGAGGAAAAAGCGGUGCCGCCCGGGGAAACUCACGCAAGCCCGCCAGGCUCGACCCGGACGAGUGACACUGCUGUGCCCGCGAGUGAGGAACUAGAUCUCCCGCUUGUUGACUGGGUUCCCCUUCGUAGGCAGUGUUGCAAAGUUCCAAGAGCCUCCUUCAAGAAUGCAGUCGAUGUCACGGAGGUGCUGGUCAAUAAAUACCUCCAGAGAAAACUCUACAUCAACUACGUCAAAGAAAAGCAGCCCUACAACUUCAUAUGGAACGGCCAGAUACAAGGCGAAUCAUGCCUCAAAAAUGGCCGGAUAACCGAUGCCAAAGGAGAAUUCCUUUGCCCAGAAGAACUGAGGGAUUGCAGCGUCCUUGAUGACCAGCGGAAAAGGCAGGCAUGCAUGCUCCCUUCCCCCGGGAACAGCGGAGGCAGUGACUCGUCAGGUGGUGAUUGUGGACUGAGACCUAGCCCAAUAAUGUGGAAACCCGGGACGCCCUCGCCGACGGGCAGCAGCAACUGUGGGAGUCUGUGUUCGGGAUACUACUGCAAGCAGAAUCCCACAGGCAACCCGCCAGACUACUCUGAUCCCAAGCUCCACCCCGUCAGCACACCGACGCAACCGUCGACGCCGUCAGUGCCGACAUCAACAUCGAAGCCCCCAAGUACGCCCUCCAACCCUGCUCGUGUCCCACCCCUCUCUGCACGGUGGGACAUGUUCCACAUGGCAGUGACACUGGAUAGCGGGAGCCAGGAGCACGUCUGGGUCGGCCACGAGGACGACCAAUCGCACUCCGUCGAGUCGUACCUGGAGGACAACUCGAAAUGUUACAACCCCGACCUGUAA